GCUAGUGCGCGAAUAUGUCCGAGAAAAGCGCCGGACCCAUGCCGGCCUUGUUUUGGGUAAAGUGAAACAGCAAAACCGGGCAGACACUCGCCAGAAAGACCCUAAGUUGCAAGCGAUUUUGAACCUCAUUGGCGACAGCAAGUUGCUCUACCAGGCAGCGGCGCAAUAUCUUUCCAGUGGGC